AUUUCCAUCUCCCCGUUUCAGUCGUUUGGAAAUUAAUAGAGAUGGGGUUACCUGACGGAGGAGGAGUGCAAAUAGCAACCGCCGUUGAUAUCCACCUCAAUCCUCAAUCGCCGGAUGGUGAAAAAAACGACAAGGUAACAAACGGCGGUGAUUGCGGAGAUCAAAAUACAGAGCAGGCUGAUUUGAAAGAUUCUUCUGUGGGUGAUUGUGAUAACAGAGAUGGUGGUUCAGAUGAGAUUGAGAAGAGAGAGAUCCAUGUAGAAGAAGAGGAGAAGGAAGAAGCGUUAGACGACGGCGAGGGUUUAAGGAACAACGGGAAUGGCGGAGAUGUUGAACAGACUAUGGUAUUUCCGCCACAUCCGCAGCUCCCAAGGCCGGAAGCACCACCGGGAGUCCUCAUUCCUAACACGGAGGAGGCGGAGAAAACGGAGAUGACUCCUUCAAUCAAACGAUCGAACUCCACGCCGGAAAGUGUCUCCGAUGCCGUACACAUACCAGCGAUUGGGAAAUUCUUUCGCGAGAAGAGUAAUAGCUUAUCGGCGGCGUUCACGAGGAGAUUAUCGUUAUUGACGGACAACGACGACGUCGUUUCCGAAAAACAGAAAAGUUCAAACGUAACAGAGUUCAAUUUAUCGGGACUCAAAGUGACAGUAAAGCUUAAGAACGAAAAGGACGAAAGUGAGCAGUUCAAAGGACGAAUCACCUUCUUUUCCCGAUCAAACUGCAGAGACUCGACGGCCGUUCGGUCGUUUUUCAGGGACCGGAAAUUACGCUACGUGGAGAUCAACAUCGACGUGUACCCAACCAGAGAGAAGGAGUUGAUCGAACGGACUGGAAGCAACGCCGUGCCUCAGAUCUUUUUCAACGAGAAACUCUUCGGCGGACUGGUGGCGUUAAAUUCGCUGAGAAAUUGUGGAUUAUUGGAUGAGAGGAUGAAGGAGUUGCUUUGCCGCAAGUGCCCCGACGACGCUCCUGCGCCACCGGUGUACGGAUUUGACGAUCCGGAGGAUGAAAAGAUGGACGAGAUGGUUGCGGCUGUUAGAGUACUACGGCAGAAGUUGCCGAUUCAAGACCGUUUGAUGAAGAUGAAGAUCGUAAAGAACUGCUUCUCCUCGUCGGAGAUGGUGGAGGUUUUGAUUCAGCAGUUUGACUGCGGGAGGAAGAAGGCUGUGGAGAUGGGGAAGCAGCUAGCAAGAAGACAUUUUAUCCAUCACGUUUUCGGGGAAAAUGAAUUCGAGGAUGGAAACCAUUUUUAUCGGUUUCUUGAGCACGAGCCUUUCAUUCCUCGAUGCUACAACUUCCGAGGUACUAACGAUCUCGAGCCAAAGUCUGCUAGUACAAUUAGCCUAAAACUCACCAAGAUUAUGUCUGCGAUGCUUGAAUCAUACGCCUCUGAAGACGGCUGCAAUCUUGAUUAUUUGGGCAUCAGCAACAGUGAGGAAUUCCGGAGAUAUGUAAAUCUGUCGCAAGAACUUCAAAGGGUGGAUAUAUCGACACUAUCAGUUUCCGAGAGGCUUGCCUUCUUUCUUAACCUACACAAUGCCAUGGUCAUUCAUGCUGUUAUCAGCAUCGGCCAUCCUGGGGCUGCUGUAAUCGAUAGGAGAUCCUUCAAUUCCGAUUUCAUCUAUGUUAUUGGAGGCUUCCCGUAUUCCCUAACAACAAUCGUUAAUGGUGUUCUUAGAAAUAACCGCAGACCACCUUACUCGUUCACAAAACCUUUUGGUUCUGGCGACAAGCGAUUAGAGCUGGCUUUCCCACAAGUUAACCCAUUGAUUCAUUUUGGUAUCUGCAACGGGUCCAAAUCAAGCCCGCCGGUGAGAUUCUUUACCCCCCAAGCGGUCGAAUCUGAACUAAGAUUUUCUGCACGCGAGUUUUUACAGAACGACGGGAUCCAAGUGGAUCUCGCUAAGAGGACAGUGCACCUCACUCGUAUCUUCAAGUGGUUUAGUGUGGAUUUCGGGCAGGAAAAGGAGAUCUUAAAGUGGAUCAUCGGGUACUUGGAUGCAACGAAAGCGGGGUUGUUGUCGCACCUUUUAGGUGAUGGGGGUGCUGUGCAUAUCGUUUACCAGAACUACGACUGGUCCCUGAAUUGCUGAUCGGUGCUGGGUGUGUAAAUAGGACCAUAAAUCAAUUGAAGUCCCAUUCUCUACAGAAAAAAGAAGCAAUAUUUGGUUUUAAAAUAGAUUUUAGACGAUGAUCUAAAAAACAGAUGUGUUUAUUGAAUGGUUUUUAAGUGUAUUUUUGUUUGAUUAAAGAACCCAUUUCAAAAGGAUUGGAAUGGAGUGAUGGUAUUUGUUUUUA